AUGCAACAAGCGGGUCUCCUCUAUGCUAUCGAUGCAUUACCUACUGAUACACUUGGAGUUGAGGGACAACGUGUACGACCUCAGGCAGAUUCAUUUUGGUCAUAUUAUCCUGGAGAUGUAGGAAUAUUCUAUAAGAAAACAUCUAGUUGGAAACCACAAAAUUCUCGGAUAACACGAGAGAACAGAGAUUAUAUGACAGCUUUAGCAAAAGGAAUUACACGAGAUGACAGACAACAAGUAGCGUACGAAACUAAAGAUGGAUCUUCAUCUCGUUGGCAACAUCCUUCAUCGAAUAAUCUUUCUCGACCAGCAACUGGAAAAUCAGGAACAAUAGGGUAAAAAGAAACCCUAGUUUAUU